AGUUGUAGCAGUUUGUAAAAUGGACGGGGAGGAAAACAUAAUGAACCCGCCUAACAAGAAAAGGAAAAUGAAGAAGAACAGAGAAACGAAAGUGGAGCUUAAAUUUGAUGAUAAAGAUCGCACCGAAUACUUGACAGGGUUUAGAAGAAGGAAAAGCCAAAGGAAAGAAAAAGCUAAACAGGACAAUGAGAGAUUACUGAAAGAGGCCAGGGAUCGGAUAAAGAGGAAAGCAAGGGAAGAGAAAAAAAAGAAACUGGAGGAAAUAAUGGAGAGUUUUGAUAAAAUCAGUAAAGAAAACAAAGACGGUCUUACGGAGUAUGAGAUGGAGCCACAAGUGUUUGAGGAUGAAAGCACAACUGUUACGGUUGCAGCGAUAGAGUUAACUUCUUGAGAGAGAAUGAAAUAUUGGCACUACGCUCUUUGGCCAAGGCAGAGAUUAAGAAAUCCCAGAAAUGCAUUUUUAUCGAUCAUAAUUGAUGACUAGAUUUGUCAUCGUGAUUGAUGGCUCUUUUAAAUAUUUGGGAACAGAGUAUUUAAGUUUGAAGGCAUUUUUCUGCGAGUAUGUUAUUAUUUGAUGACUCAAACUAUUUUGAACUACUCUUAAUUUAUUAUUUUAACAAUCAUCGUCUAUUUUGCUUCCAAGUAAAAUUUUGAACCACACAUGUUGAUCGUUCUUUACAUUUUUCUAGUGAUAUUAAAGAAAUUUCAUCAGUGACAUCACCUUUGAGAUCACACAGCCACGAUAAAAUUAAAGUUUUAAAUUAACAAUUCUCAGUGAUGGCUACAGUUAUUAAAGGAACGGCAGUAGCCAAGAAAUUGAGACAAGGUCUGAAAGCGGAUAUUCUGGAAAUCAGGAAGGAGCAGCCAGAAUUUACACCUGGACUAACAGUCGUCCAGGUAGGUGACAGGCCCGACAGUAACGUCUAUAUAGGAGCUAAAGUUAAAGCUUGCGCGGAGAUUGGAAUACACGGUGUUCACCUGAAGCUGCCCCCUACCACCACCCAACAGGAACUCAUUGAUAAUAUUGAGAGACUCAACCAGGAUCCUACAGUUCACGGCAUCAUUCUACAGGUACCACUCGAUUGCAAUACUGGUAUAGACGAGACUCUCUGUACUAACGUACUCUCUCCUUCUAAAGAUGUGGAUGGUUUGACCGAUGUAAACGCGGGUCGACUAUCUCGUGGUGAUCUCAAAAGGUGUUUCACCCCCUGUACCCCUACCGGAUGUAUGGUGCUAAUUGAAGAAGCAGGAGUAGAUGUGAAGGGUAAGAAUGUGUGUGUAGUUGGGAGAAGUAAGAUAGUUGGGGCGCCGAUGCACGACCUGCUGCUCUGGGCACAUGGCACUGUCACAACAUGUCACUCCAGGACACCUGACCUCAGAUACCACAUAAACCAGGCAGAUAUAGUGGUGGUAGCAGCUGGGAAGAAGGAGCUAGUUAAAGGAGAGUGGAUUAAACCAGGAGCUGUGGUGAUCGACUGUGGUAUAAACCCUGAACCUGAUGCUACCAAGAAGUCGGGGGUCAAGUUGUGGGGUGACGUGGAGUAUCCAGUUGCUAAACAGGUGGCAGGUGCUAUAACACCGGUUCCCGGUGGUGUUGGACCUAUGACUGUUGCUCUCCUGAUGAGGAACACUGUAACCAGUGCCAAAAGAAUGCACGGUGUAACAAGUGUCGGCGGACAAAGAACUUACUCUACAGCUAGUUUCCCUGCCUCUCACCUCGGUGGAGCUGUGAGAGGGUACUCUACUAGUGCUCAACUUGCUAGGACUGGUUUGAGGCUGAUUCAAAUGCUGAAGAAGUAAAGCGAAGAUAUCCAUUAUUUUUAGCUGGAAGUAAACUACCGUUACAUAGCUAUAUAACAUAUUAUAGUCCUGCGAUGAGAUUUAAAUUAUAAUAGUGGUAAAUGUUUGUGUAGACUAUAAUUUAAGUUAUUAAAUAUGUUUCAGAUCAGUUCGUUUUAUUGGUGUUCAUAUCGUUUUAUAGUAUCGAGAAUAUGUAUGAUUUUUAAAACACAUGUACAUUUGAGAAUUUUUAAUUUUUUUAUGGGAAACAAUUUUCUGCUAUACCUCGUUUUCAGAUUUUUUAAACGAAAAACUAACUUUUAUAGAAAUUUUACAAAAUAUUGCUUUUAUAUAUAACUUAUUAACUAGCAUAAUUACUAUACCGAUUGGCUUUGAUAAAGCAGAUGAUCUCUUGUUUUAUACGGAGUACAUGAUGUUUGAUACGGGUUAUUACUGUAGAAUGUAGCUGUUAUUCGACACUGUUAUAAUACGUUAUCAUGUAGUUUUAGUA